AUGGUCUCCAGCUCUAUAUACCUCCUGGGACUCUCCCAAUUCCUGACCUCGGCAUUGUCAGCAAAUACCCUGACGAAAAAGGUCUGCUCAAGUGAUACGUUUGCAUCCUUGGGUCUAUCCAAUAUUGAUGUCCUUUCCAUCGACGCAAGGCUCAGCCAGGCCCAAUAUGACGCGGACGAUAUCACGAACGCUUAUCCGAUAUCGACUAAUAAGACCGUGGAAAUCUGCCAGCUUACUGUGAAUUACACCCACCCUGGCUGGAAUGACAAUGUCACUACAUGGAUUUCGCUUCCCGUUGAGAAUUGGAAUGGUCGAUUUAUGGGCGUUGGGGGUGGUGGUUGGAUUAUGGGGACUAUCGGGCGGCUGAAUCAGGCCGUGUUUGGUGGCUAUGCGGCUGCCUCGACGAACGGUGGACACGAUGAGAAUGCCUCUGUCGCGUCAUGGGGACUUGCCAGCGAGGGAAACAUCAAUUGGGCAAAUAUGCAAGAUUUCAGCUCUGUUUCCCUCGAUGAUGCCGCCUCAUUGGGUAAAGCUGCCACGAAAAUGUUCUAUGGAAAGCCUCACAAGUAUGCUUAUUGGAACGGAUGCUCUACGGGAGGUCGUCAGGGCCAUAUGAUGGCUCAGCGAUACCCUACUCAGUACGAUGGUAUUCUGGCAGGAUCUCCUGCCAUCAACUGGGAUAAGUUUAUCCCAGCUGAGUACUGGCCCCAGAUGCUUAUGCACGCUCUUGAUUACUAUCCUUCAUCUUGUGAACUCAACGCAUUGACCGAGUACGCCAUUGAUGCAUGUGACGAGCUCGACGGCGUGAACGACCGAAUCAUCUCCAUGCCCGGACUCUGCAAGUUCAAUGCCUCUACCGUCAUCGGCAAGACAAUCCAGUGCUCCUCCAACACAACUGCCAAAAUCACCGCGAAAGCCGCCAAAUACGCUUCUCUCGUGUGGGCCGGACCACAGGAUACCUCUGGAUCCUCCCUUUGGUACGGCCUCUCCCACGAUGCACCUCUCACCCGUCUCGCCGGUACAAACUGCACUUCUCCAUCAAAAGACUGCAAGGGAGUCCCAUUCCAGAUCUCCGCGGACUGGCAACAGAUUUUCCUCUCCCGAAACUCUUCUGUUGAUGUCUCGAAGAUCACCUACGCAGAAUACGUUGACCACUUCCGCCAGUCCGUGAACGAGUACAACUCUAUCAUCGGAACCCGCGAUCCUGAUCUCACAGGAUUCAAGCAGGCGGGCGGUAAAAUGAUUGCCUGGCACGGCAUGAAGGAUCCGCUCAUCUUCUUCAAUGGCACUGAAACUUAUUACCGAGAGGUUAUGGAGCUCGAUGCCGAUGUUCAGGACUAUUAUCGCUUCUUUGCGGCUCCUGGUGCUGAGCACUGCACUGGCGGAAUUGGGUUCUAUCCUGGUAGCAGUCUUGACUCGCUUGUGAACUGGGUUGAGAAUGGUACUGCGCCGGAAACGCUCAAGGCUAUCGCUACGCCUACUGCGACGAGCGGUGCCGAAUUACCUUUGCGCACCGCGAAUUUGUGCGCGUACCCUAAGAUUUUGACUUAUGUUGGUGGGGAUGCCAGCAAGGCUUCCUCGUUUGCCUGUAAAUAA